AUGUCUACAGCAGAUAGAGGAGCCCGUCUUGGCGGAGAUGACUAUAAUCAUGCCACGGACUCAGAGUAUAAAAGACUUCGUGCCAAGGCUGAUGAAUGUUACCAAAAGAGAAGUAGUCUUUCUCAACAAUCUCAAGCUGCGUUCAAGUCUGGAGAUAAACUGAGAGCCCAUGACCUUAGUGAGGAGUCCAAGAAGUUUCUCUCGCAAGCAGAGGGUUACAACCGCCAAGCUGCCGAGUAUGUUUUCAGAGAAAAUAAUGCUGACAGUGCUGGAGACGAAAUUGACUUGCAUGGAUUGUAUGUCAAGGAAGCUGAGUAUAUCUUACAGAAUCGUCUUGGGGCUGCCAUUCGCUCUAACCAAUCCCAUUUGCGGGUUAUUGUCGGUAAGGGACUCCACUCCUCCAAUGGGAUUGCCAAGUUGAAACCAGCGAUUGACCAACUAUGUGACGAGUGUAAUUUGAGACACCGGAUUGAUCCUAAGAACACUGGUGUGAUGAUUAUUGACUUGGAGAAUGCCCAAACAUCCCAAAUCCCAAACCACUGGACCGCUGGCGCCCCACAACAACAACAAUCACAACAACCACACUACCAACAACAACAACAACCACACUACCAACAGCAACAACAACAACAACACCAACAAGGUGGAAGUUCCAACGAUAUCAAGACUGGAAACCAAUUUGUGGAUUUGUUGUUGAAGGCCUUCUGUGCUUGUAUCAGCAAGUAG